CACUAUAAUUAAUUGCGUUUAUAAAAAAUAUUUAGAUUAUAACAAUUAGUAGCGUGCAGUCUAUAGUUCCUGCUGGACGUCCCUCGUACGGACCAUGUCCAAUUUACUCGUAUACCAUUUCUUGAUAAUAAUUGGUUUCUCAGAAGUUUUUCAUUGUGAAGUGUUUGUCAACCGGCCCAAAAUCAGCGCCGUAGACGGUAAUCUUAUAUUACAACCAGCAUAUGAUAGAAAUAUUUAUUUGAAUCCUCAUGGACCUAACUCGAAACUAUUCUAUGGUGACUUAAAUCUUUUAAGUAUUUAUAACAGUUCAAAUAAUGGAGGACCCAAUAUUUUCAAUGAUAACGUACAACCUGACAGAGGCCAGUUAAAUGAUGCAUUUAGAAGAAUACAGAAUUUAGAAACAUUAACUACCUCUUUCCCAAGCAAUGUAAAUUUAAAUAUUUCAUUUUUGACCCGCAAAGUAAAUAAUCUCAGCAAUAGAGUGCGAGCUCUCCAGACUUUGCUAAACGCCAGGAAAAAAGAUGAAUGUCAAUCACACCCCUGUGAAAAUGGAGGCACUUGUCUAAAUUUAGUUAACGGGUACUACUGUUUAUGCCCUGCAAACUGGAAAGGAGCCAACUGUGACGAAGACGUUAAUGAAUGUCGUAACUAUGCGGGUACUGACUUAGGAUGUCAAAAUGGUGCAACUUGUAUCAAUAGACCAGGUUCCUAUGAAUGCAUUUGUAAACCUGGUUGGUAUGGGCUAGACUGUACCAGAACAGCUAUGAACUGUUCAGGAGGUGACUUUGAAAUGUGUGGUCACGGAAUAUGCAUACCAAUAAAUGGCGGAGCAGGUGUAAAAUGCAUUUGUAAUCAAGGUUGGACUACUGACGGCACUAGCGUCGCUUGUUUGACGGAUGUAAAUGAAUGCUUGUCUGGUCAAGGCUCACGCUGUUCUGUGAAUCCAAGAGUAGAAUGCAUAAAUGUGCCUGGUUCAUUUCGAUGCGGCGAAUGCCCUCAUGGCUAUGAAGGAGACGGUUUUGCUUGCUAUGAUAUUGAUGAGUGUCUUACUAUUCCUAACGGUGGUUGCAGCACAAGUCCUAUGGUGUCAUGUCAUAAUACAAUAGGCUCUCGUAUAUGUGGUCCCUGUCCACCGGAUUAUCAAGGCGAUGGAAUCACAUGUAUUUGGACUGGUUCAUGCUCUAUAAAUCACGGAGGAUGUCACCCAUCUGCUGAGUGCAUUGAAAAUAGAGGCUUUAGAAGAACAUCGCAAUGUUUGUGUCCUUAUGGAAUGGAAGGUGAUGGUAUUGGACUUCAUGGGUGCUACGUAUCGUCGGAAGGGAACAAUACUCAGCGCUGUGAAUCCAAUCCUUGCGGCGUUCACGGACAUUGCCAUCCUCUACGAGAAGGCUAUACGUGCAUUUGCUUUCCGGGUUACAGUGGCUCUCACUGCACUGACAAUAACAAUAUGUGUUCUAACAACCCAUGCCGCAAUGGGGGCAGUUGCAGGCUUGACGAAAGGUCAACGCGAGGGUUCAGGUGUGAGUGUACUGCUUUGUAUUCCGGGGAUCUUUGCCAAGUUCGAAUUCAGCAAUGUGGUGGAUUUUUAGACUCCGAAGAGGGAAGUAUUAUAUAUCCUAUUACAAACACAACUUACGGUCAUAAUUCACGCUGUGCUUGGGUAAUUCAUACCGCCCCAGAUAAAGUAAUCAACGUUACGUUUAGUAAAUUCAAUUUAGAAAAUGACUCGACUGAGUGUAAAUUUGAUUUCUUACAAAUUCAUGACGGGAGAAAUUCAGCACGUCAACUGAUCGGUAGAUUUUGUGGUAACAAUUUGCCAAAUGGAGGGAAUAUUAUUUCAAGUCAUAACUAUUUAUAUUUUUGGUUCCGAUCUGAUCAUUCGGUAGCCAAAGAUGGAUUUGCUUUGCACUGGAAUAGCAUACUACCUGUGUGUGGUGGUGAAAUAGAUGCAACAAUGCACGGUCACAUUAGUUCACCUGGCUCACCGAGUACAUAUCCUCCUAAUCGAGACUGUUACUGGCAUUUGAAAACCACUUUUGGUAAAAAAAUACAGUUACAUUUUUUUGAACUUGAUAUAGAAAAACAUGCUAAUUGUAGUUUCGAUUAUUUAGCAAUUUAUGAUGGCGAACAUACAACAGAUCCACUUCUAAAUAAAUAUUGUAACACAACACAACCUGCACCGAUUCAGUCAGCCAGUUCUGAGGUGCUUAUACACUUCCAUUCCGAUGCCUUUGGUUCCGGAAAAGGAUUUCAAAUCGCUUUUGCCCCAGUUGAGGGAGUUCCCGGUUGUGGUGGCUUUUUCACUUCUGAUAAAGGUGAAAUUAUCUCCCCUUCAUACAACGGCGUUUAUUUAAAUAAUUUAAUUUGUGAAUACAAAAUAAGAACUCGUCCAGAUACAAGAAUACAUAUUGAAUUCAAAUCUUUUAAUUUAGAAAAAUCCUUAACGUGUAAAUACGACUUUUUGAAAAUUUAUGAUGGUCCAACAUCUGACUCACGACUUGUAGGAAAAUUUUGUGGUGUCGUUCACCCUAAGGCGUACACUUCUUCUACCAAUAGCCUCUUUAUUUUGUUCCAUAGCGAUCAUACCAUGGGAUCCGAUGGUUUUAAAAUAACUUAUGAAUCAGUUUGCUUACAUACAGUAGUAGGAGAUAGUGGUGUCAUUAAAUCUCCAAAUUAUCCAAUGUUUUAUCCAAAACAUACUAUGUGUGAGUAUAUUAUUAGCACCACUCCAGGAAAAUUUAUACAGUUAACAUUUCAAGAUUUUGAUAUUGAGGAUAGUAGAUACUACAACUGCACUUAUGAUUAUGUUGAAAUCAGAGAUGGGCAUUUUAUCAACUCAACAUUGUUAGGCAAAUACUGUGGUAAUACAGAAGCUGUUCCACCUACGCAAAUAUCUUCAUAUAAUUAUAUGUAUAUUAAGUUUAAUUCGGAUAUGAGCAUUAAUGGUAGGGGCUUCUAUGCGAAUUAUACUACUUUAAACACAGAAUGUGGAGGUAUUUACAAGGAAAAUUCUGGUCUUAUCAAUCACCCCGGUGAUGACAACCAACUAUACUCUAACAACCAAAAUUGCACGUGGUAUAUUAUUGCUCCUGAAGGAAUGCAUAUUAAGUUAACAUGGAACAGAUUUGAACUUGAAAACAUGCGAUCAUGUGAUAGUGAUUAUGUAGAAAUUAUUGAAACUGAUGACGAUAAUGAAGAUUAUUCUUUAGGAAAAUAUUGUGGGGACUCUUUACCUCCAGCAUUAACUACUUCAUCUAAUCGCCUCACGAUAAGAUUUAUAUCAGAUAUGAGUAUUCGUUUAGCUGGGUUUUCAUUAUCAUAUUCAUUUUUAGAUGAGCACAAUCAUUGCGGUGGAAUGUUUGUGAAAUCUCAUGGAUAUAUAUUUUCACCGAAUUGGCCCCAAGUUUACGAGCCGAAUCGUGAUUGUACGUGGACUAUAUCGGUUCCCACCGGACGCCAAAUAUCACUUAACAUCACUGAUUUUGAUCUUGAAAGACCUCUUCGUGAUAAAUGUGAUUUGGGAGACUAUCUAGAGAUAAGAGAUGGAUCUAAUUCAAAUUCUUCAUUAAUAGGCAAAUAUUGCGGAUUUUUCAAGUCCAAAAGGGUAGUAUCAACAGCCAAUAAUUUGUAUCUCCAUUUCCAUUCUGAUUUUUAUUUAAGUGGAAAAGGCUUUAAAAUUGAGUGGGAUGGUACCUUAAGUGGCUGUGGUGGAACACUUACUAGUGUAUCUGGAUCUAUAUCAUCGCCUAAUUAUCCAGAAGAGUAUAAUGACAAUGCGGAAUGCUUUUAUCGCAUUGUUACAAGUAGUGGUUCAAAAAUUCGUAUAAGUUUCACAGAAUUAGAUCUAGAAAAAACGAAAGAUUGUAGAGACGACUAUGUUGAAAUAUUUGACGGGCGAAAUGAACAUGCCUCAAGCUACGGUAAACAUUGUUUCAUGACCCCUACAUUAAACAACAUUGAAACUACAAGUAAUUAUGCUUUUAUAAAAUUUAGAUCGGACAUUUUUAUCAGUAGCAAGGGAUUUUUGCUCAGUUAUAACACUGUUUGUAAUAAUAACAUAAGUGGAACCUAUGGUGUAAUUGAAAGUCCUGGUUUUCCAGAGAAAUAUCCACUAAACUCUGAUUGUUUAUGGACAAUUACUGUUCCUAAAGGGAACAAAAUUAAUAUAACGUUCACACACUUUGACCUCUUUAUGUCUUUCCGUCCAUAUUCCUUAUUUGAUCGUCCCUGGGCCAGGCGGCAUCCUUGGAGCAUGCCGUCUUCAUUUACGCCAACAUACAGAAAUUAUCAUCGUGGUUGUGAAACGGAUUAUUUGCAAACAAAAGAGACCCCAGAUAUAAACUUUUCUGAAAAGCUAUGCGGAAACUCAUUACCAAAACCUAUUAGUAGUAUGAGUAAUUCUAUACAAAUAAAAUUUGUUUCUGGAAGCUAUUUUCCUAGGGCCGGGUUUCGUUUGGAAUGGGUAAAUUAUGGUUGUGGUGGAAUGAUUAUAAAAAGUGAAGGCAACUUAGAGAUGGAAAGAUUUUCAAAUUCUGCUGGGGAAAUAGAAUGUGAGUGGAUUAUUGAAACUCCAUUAGGAACAGCUGUAUCUAUAACGUUUUCUGAAUUAUUUAUGUCUGAAUCUCAAAAUUGCACAGUAGACGCUAUUGAAAUCUAUAAUGGUCAAAGUAGUGCAUUUCCGUUACUAACGAAAAUCUGUCACAAGGGACAAAAUACUGUUAAAGCCAGUUCCAAUUUUUUAUUUGUUAGAUUAAUAAAGCACUCAUCAUUACGGGAUGUUUAUUUUAAAUCUACUUUUACGUCUCAUACAAAAGGAUGUGGUGGUAUGAUAGAAUCUCAAUCAGGGUUAAUUACUUCAAUUAAUUAUCCUAAGAACUAUGAUAAUAAUAUGGAUUGCUUAUGGUCAAUUAAGGUACCAAGAAAUCACAGAAUUGAGUUAAACUUUAUCGAUUUUGAUUUGUAUUCCUAUGCAUCAGCCUAUUAUGAGAGUGAAGAUGAUUGCGGUGAUUUGAUAAAAAUUUACGAUGGCUCCGAUAUACUGACUUCUAAUGAUAAUUACACUUGGCUUAUAUGUCCGAACACAAAUAUAUCUCAAAUUAUAUCCAAUAAUUCUUCUAUAAACGUGCAGUUUAAAACUGAUGAGUUUGGAACUGCGAAAGGGUUUAAAGCUAAUUUUAGCAUGAUUUGUGGUGCAACAAUUGAGGCGAUAAAUGAUGGAAUAAUUGCCAAUGAUAAAUUUUUGAGCCAUACUAACCACAAUUGUACGUGGGUCAUAUUGGCACCAGACCUGAGUAAGAAAAUAAAAUUAACUAUACGGUACAUAUCAUUACCGAAAACCGCCGACAUUAUAACAAAUCGACAAUGUCCAUCAUCCUACCUUAGAGUUUAUGAUGGAAACGAUGACAAAGCGCCACUUGUUGGCGAGUUUUGUGGUAAAAAAGUGCCUCCUACAAUUGUAAGCCAAGGCAGUGCCCUCACAAUUCAGCUUGGUUCUUACACCGAUACUAUAGAUGGAUAUUUUUCAGCUCACUACACAACUUUAACAAAUGCUUGUGGAGGAGAUUUGAUUUCGGAAGAAGGAACUAUCGGAUCACCAAACUAUCCAAUGUCAUACCCCAAUAACGCAAACUGUGAGUGGAUUUUAAGCACAUCACCUGGAAACAGAGUAUAUAUUACAUUUGAAAAAUUUGAUUUAUACUACUCUGAAGGUUGCAAUGAAGAUUACUUAGAAGUAAGAGAAAAUAAUGGUGGUGGCAAACUAUUAGGUGUUUACUGUGGCCAAGAAAUUCCAACGAACACAACAACUGGAACAAAACUGUAUAUAAAAUUUCAUAGUAAUGAUAGAAAUAUUGGGCUAGGAUUUCUUAUCCAUUAUGGCUUUCUUCAUGGUAAUGAAAUCACAGGAUUACAUAGCGGUGAAAUAUCUUCACCUCUUUAUCCUGUACCAUAUUCAGGAAGCGGCGAAUACAGUUGGCGAAUACUGAUCGAUGAUUCAAAUGCUAUUUCUAUAAAUAUUGAUCAAUUAGAAAUACAUAAAAUUCAAGAUGCAUGUAACAGCAAAUUAUUAGUUUACGAUGGAUACGAUGAAGAUGCUCCACUGUUGGAAGAACUUUGUGGAUUGUUACACCAGGAAAGUAAAAUAAUACAAAGCGCUUCCAAUGUAGUUUUCAUAAAACUUGUCUUAGAUGAUACGAACAUUGGGUCAAUAUUUCAUUUUACAUGGGCAGCGGCUGACAGAAAAGAAGAUGAGACCAAUAGUGAAAUCAAAUGCGGAACAAAUAAAACUGAACUUUUGUCAAUAGGAAGCGACUUAACGUUUACUUCACCUAAUUAUCCUAAUUAUUAUGUCCCAGAUUUGAAUUGCAUAUGGAUAUUUCAGGCUCCUACGAGUCAUCACGUAAAACUGAUUUUUGAUGAUAUCUCGUUAGAACAAACCCCAAGCUGUUUUGCAGAUUACAUUUCAAUUUAUUCGUCAAAGGAUCUUGUUACGUGGUCUCCUUUGAUAGAACAAAUAUGCCUCUCAGAAAAAGAAAAAGUUGCGUUCGAUUCUGCCACAUAUAUGAAAGUAACGUUUAAAUCUGAUUCAAGUAUAUCACGUAAAGGUUUUAAAGCUCACGUAACCGCUGCUUGUGGUGGACUGCUCCAAGAAAAGUCGGGUGUAUUGGAACUGACAGAAGCAGAUAGUAUACACAAUCUUAAGUCAAUAUUCCCUCAAUUAAGAUGCAACUGGACGAUAAAAGUACGUCCAGGACGUAAUAUUAAGAUUAUAUUUGAAAAUUUCAACGUUACAAAUAAUAAUGAUUGUACUUCUUAUAUAAUUUUAAGAAAUGGUGAAAGUAUUGAAUCACCAUACUUGGGUAAUGGAAAAUAUUGUGGGUUUUCACACGAAAAUAUGAGCGAAAUGGUCUCAUCUAGUAACGUUAUAUCUGUUAGCUAUGUCAGUUUAGAUUCAAUUCCAAAUUUUAAGUUACGUUAUGAAGAAAAAAAUAUAGAAUGCGGAGUUACAUCAACAUUAGAUUUUGACCACAAGUGGGAAGUUAUUACCUCUCCGAACUAUCCUUCCGUACCUAUACCUUACACUGAAUGCGUUUGGAUAUUUAGGGGCCCGCCAGGUGAAAUUAUUAAAAUCGACUUCUUAGAUAGAUUUGAUUUGGAACCAUCUGACCAGUGCUCCUCUGAAUCCGUUGAAAUAAGAGAUGGAUCUUCUCGGUUAUCACCACUUAAAGGCCUUUUGUGUAAAGAGCGGCCACGGCCCGGUACAAUUAAAACUAGCGGGAAUACUAUGUUUAUAAAAUAUACAACACAAAUUUCAGAACCUAGAGAUGGAUUUAGAGCUAAUGUGUCCAUAGACGUGUGCGGAGGCACAAUCAUUUCUGCGUCUGGUGAACUGUCAUCACCCGGAUAUCCUCAUAUGCUUGUCCUUCAUGCUGGGAUUGUGUGCCAAUGGGAAAUAAUAUCUUUGCCAAGACAUGUCAUUCAACUUCAUUUUAAGGAAGUGGAUUUACCUGAAACUAAAAUAUCAUGUCAAACAAAAAUUACAGUUGAAGAAAGAAUACCCGCUAAUAACUCAAUAACUGACGCAAAAUUAGUUGAAUUCUGUAACGAUGAGUAUAACGAUUUCACAGAGACAAUUGAAAGCCUUACAGAUAGAGUAAUUAUUAAACUACAUUAUGGUGAACCAAGUGAAUGGACACAUGUGUCUGAAAGUAGAGGAUUUAGAUUGACAUUUAACUCUUCGAGACCUUCUUGUGGUGGUACAAUAACAGCUUCUGAGGGCUAUUUAACUUCUCCAGGUUAUCCAGGAGAAACUUCAUUACGGUUUUGUCAGUGGAACAUUAUAGUACCUAAUAUAAAUCGUCGAGUACGAUUAGAGUUAAUCGAUUUUGAAGAGAAUCAAAAUAUAAAUGUUUUCAAUGAUUUAUCUUUCAAUUCAAGGGUAGUUAGAUUUUAUAAUAAUAAUAAUCUAUCUCAAACAAAUGUUUUCGAGUCAUGUCAAAAUAAGUUAACAUUUUAUGUGUGGCUGGUAUCAAAAGGAAAGUCAACACAUAAGUUUAAAGCUAAAUUUAGUUCCGAUGAACCUGCGCUAUGUGGUGGAAAUUUACAAGGGAUCCAAGGUGAACUAAUGUCACCAAAUUUGCAAACAUCAUAUAUGUGUGAGUGGCAAUAUACCUUAGCACCCAGUCUAGUAUAUGACAUAUAUAACACAAUUUACCUGACUGUCAAUGUGUCUUCUUUAGCUAAGAAUAGCUGUCGUUUUCUUGAUUCCAAACUUUAUAUAAAAUCAGAUAUAGGUAUAGCAGGCGUUUUAUUUGGUCGCAAUAUCUGUGCUAGUAGUGAGGUUAGUUAUAGAAUACCGGCUUCUACUUUGCAAUUAACAGCUAUUCAAUUUCAAGAAAAACCAUUUACCUUCGAUCUGACUUGGACAUUACAACCUUGUGGAGGUGUUAUUCAUAUAGGGCAUGAAGCUACAAACGUUAUUAAUUUAUCAGAUACUCAUAAUAAUACCAUAAAUUGUGCUUGGGUACUUAUAGCUCCUGAAGGAUUUAGAGUAGAGUUCAAGUUGGAAGGUUCGUUUAAUUUAGAUUGUCUAGACGAAUUUAUAGAAAUAAAAUCAGGAUUGGGGGAAACAUCUAGUUUUGGUAAAUUUUGCAAAAGUAAUAAUCCAGAACAUGCUCUUGUAUCGUCAUUUAUGUAUCCAUAUAUAGAGUAUCAUUCAAAGCCUCAAAACAAAAUUAAUAUUAAGCUUCUAACUAAGGUUGUCAGUUAUCAGUGUGGAGGAAUUCUUACGAAAAAGGAAAGAAUAUUUACUUCACCUAAUUAUCCUAAAGAUUACGAAAGUAAUCAAGAAUGUUCCUGGGAAAUUCAAGCAGAAAUUGGUUACAGGAUAUCUCUCAAAUUUAUCGACCGCUUCGUGGUAGAAGAAAAAUUGAAUUGCACGAAAGAUGUUCUAAUAAUUUAUGAUUGGAAGGAUAAUAAAUAUGAAGAAAUAGCGAGACUAUGUGGUCGCAAUCUACCACCUGCAUACAAUUCUACAUCUACUCAAAUGAAAAUUACGUUUCGCACAGACGGUGAUAUAAACUUAGAUGGUUUUAAAGCAGAAUGGGUACCUAUUUGUGGAGGAACUCUAAAAGCGAAAACUGAGGAGCAGUAUUUGUAUAGUCCUGGUUACACAAACGUUUACUACCCUUUGCUUGACUGUAAUUACGAAAUAGUAUCUCCGUCAUCAUCAGAAAAGAUUUUGGUAAAAUUUUUAGAGUUUGAACUUGAAGGCAGUUAUCCUCAUUGUGAAUAUGACAAUAUAACUUUAACAGAACGUAGUAGUUAUAAGUAUUUUUCUGGAUUAUAUUGUGGUAAAGAAAUACCACCACCAUUAGAAGCCUACGAAAAGGUUGAAAUUGCUUUUAAGACAGACCGAUAUACUCAAAGGAAAGGCUUUAAGCUAGCUUAUUCAUUAUACAGCUGUGGAGGUCAAGUAACAGAACCUAGAGUUAUCACUUCACAUGUGCCAGGAAUAUCAGAAACUUACCCUGAAGACACAAACUGUACAUGGUUCAUUGAAGCUCCAAUAAAUAAGGUAGUUGUAAUUAAAUUUCCGUAUAUAGAUUUAGAAAGUUCUUAUGAUUGUUAUAGUGAUUACAUAGCCGUGUACCAGGGAUCCGUAAUUGAAGCUAGUAAAAGAUUGUCUUUGAUAUGCGGGCAUAUCAAUACUACAACAUUUAUUAAAAGUAAUAGUAACAAAGUUAUCUUACAAUUUUUUACAGAUGCCAAUUUAAAUUAUAAAGGUUUUCAAGCACAAAUAUUUUUUUCAUACUCGGCAUCAGUUGGGUGUGGAGGCGAAGUUGAUUUAAAAUCAAUAUCCAGAUAUAAUUUACGAUCUCCACUCAUUGGAAGCAACGUGGUGUACGAAAAUUACUUAGACUGCCAUUGGAAGAUAAAAGCACCCAUUGACCAUGUCAUAAAAAUAGAAUUUUCAUCUUUCCAUGUAUCUUCCUGCGUUAACGUUAACCAAACUGCUAUAGGUUUCAGUAAAUGUGAUUGCGACUUGCUUGAAUUAAAAGAUGGUUUUAAUCCAAAUAGUUUAAUCAUUGGUACAUACUGCGGGCAUACUCUUCCGCCGGAAAUAUUUUCUUCUAGUAAUGUAAUGAGUAUCAGAUUUUCGACCGACGGAGAAUCUGUGAGCUCUGGAUUUACAGCUGUUUUAACAACUCAACCUUCAUCGUGUGGUCAAUCUGUUUAUACGGUCUCUAAAACAGUACAGCGAAUUCGAUCUCCAGGAUACGAAUCGGGUUCUAUUCCUCGAGGAUUGCAUUGCAGUUAUAUUUUCGAUUCAGAAUCAGAACCUUAUUCCACUAUACAUGUCAGAGUGAAUAACUUGGACUUGGAAGCCGGCACUGAUGACAAUAAUAGCUGUGAUAGGGAUAGACUGAUUAUCACCAGUAACUCGCAAACACAAAACGCAAGCUUGGGAGAGGAAUUUAUUUUGAACGAAGCCGAUGACUUUUUCACCCACGCCUAUUAUUACGACUCUAAUGUACGUUUCCCGACACAUAUCGUAUUGUGUGGUUCAAAAAAAUCACUUGACUUUUAUGUUUCUAAAAGUGUAAUGAUAAAUUUAAAAACUACAGCGGAAAACACAGUUAAACAUCUCGGUGUAGAAAUUGAAGUUGUCUAUGUAGGUUUCUGUGGCAGGAACUAUACCGAGCUGCAAGGCAGGAUACAAUCUUCUUACGGAUCAAAUGCGGACAAUGGUUAUGAAGAUUGCUACACAUUAAUUACGGUCCCACAAAAUUAUACUAUUUCUGUUUAUUUUAUAUCAAUAUCGCCUGUCUUUUGGGAUGAAAAAAUAUACUUAGAGAUAUUUGACGGCAAUAAUACAAAAGCGCCUCUUUUAACUAAGGUAGCAACCGAAUAUACAGAAUAUCUGCAGACAUAUUCAACUGGAAACUAUUUAUUGUUCCAUAAUCGUAUGAAAGGAUCGGAUGUGAUUACCUUUGAUUUGAAUUACAUCGCAACAAAUAAAGGUCAAGGUUGCGGAGGCAAAUUACAUAGUGAAUUAGGACGAGUCACAAGUCCACUUUACCCUCGUGUAUAUCGAAAACAAUCAACUUGCGAGUUUGAACUGGAAACGCCUUCAAAUACACGGUUGUUAUUGAAAUUUUCUGUGUUUGAUUUGGGCACAAUUUGUGACAAAAACUAUUUAAGCUUAGUUGAUAGAAAGGGUAAUACGAUUUCAACAUUUUGUUCUGAAACUCCAGCUGAUUACACGAGCGAUGAUAAUUAUGUUAAAAUAGUAUUUACUACUACUAGAAAUAAUGGUGGAACAGGUUGGGUCGCUGAUUUCUACGGUAUCUUUUAGUUUUAGGGCUCCCACAAUUAUUUAAUUAAAUAAUGUUAAUAUUUGUGUUGAUUCUUUUAGGGUCAUAUUGUGAAUUAUUUUAAAUAAAUAUAACGGCUCAAUAAGGAGCAGACUGAAAUCUGUAAAGUUGAGUGGCGACACGCAAAAAUACGCGUUGCACUAAAUUAUUGUUAUCUCGUAGCUACUGCUAAUACAAGUUUCCUACUGCUACUUUACACUCAAAUGAAUUAAUAUUAGUCAUGUAUAAUUUCAACCAUUUUUUUGAUUAAGAAAAAUAUAUUAUGUAUCUUUAGAAUACUUUAUUAUUUUAAGUUUUAUAAAAUAAAAUAAGUUGCGC